GUCAUGGGAUCUAGCUGCUACCGGACGGACAACUGUGUGCUGUGCAUAGUGAGAACAUAUUUGAGUUAGCGAUUGUGUCUGACACAGGAAUCGGCGUGACAGGUGUCACACUUAUAGCAUCUGCUUCAGUCACUGAUUAUAAACAAGAUGAACAAAUACAGAAAACAGAUGGCAGAGCAGUUCCUGAGUCAGGCCCUGGGCAUCAUCUGCCUGCUGACCGGAGAGGAAUAUGUCAUUGUGAAGAAGGGGCCCUCCCUCAGCAGCAUUCACCUGCAGAGCGGAGAGGUGCCUAUAAAGUGUGAUGAUGUUGCUGUGUAUUUCUCUAUGGAGGAGUGGGAGUAUAUAGAGGGACACAAGGAGCUUUACAAGGACGUCAUGCUAGAGACUCACCAAGCACUAAGGACUAUGGAGAUCCCAGGAAAUGAGAGCUCAGAAUCAACGGGUCACAGAGAUGAAAAUCUAGACACAGGAACACAAGGAGAACUUGUACAGAAUAUUCAGCCAGUGGAGACCCCAUCAGACGUCUUUGCAGAACUAACAGGUCACAGUAAUGAAAAUCUAGAUACAGGAUCACAUGGGGACCUUGUACAGAAUAUUCAGCCAUCAGAUGUAUCUGCAAGUGACUUUAAUACUGACGUAGAUGUUAAAACAGAAGAUCAGCUGGAAGCUCCAAUGCAGGAAAUGAGUGACAGUGACAAUGCAGGUGAAAAUGAUGCUAAGAUUUCAUGUAACACAGAACAAACAGAAGAUCAGUGGCUAAGUAAUAUGCCAGAAGCUGCAGAGCAGGACACAUGUGACAAUAUAAGUACAGAUGAAUUCACAAACUGCAAUAAUCCUAGUCAUGAUCAGAGUGCAGAUGCUUCUUUACAUCUUCUGCAAAAUCAAAGAAGCCACGUGGGAAAUAUAUGUUAUGAAUGUGGGAAAUGUUUUUUUAAGAAAUCACAUCUUUGUAAACAUCUAAAUAUUCAUACAGGAGAAAAGCCAUUUUCCUGUCCUAUAUGUGGUAAUUUUUUUAACUAUAAAAAGAAUCUUGCUGCUCAUCAGAAAAUUCAUACAGCAGAAAAAGGAUUUUUAUGUUCUGACUGUGGGAAAUAUUUUACUCGAAAAUCACAUCUUAUUGAUCAUCAGAAAAUUCACACAGGAGAUAAAGAAUUUUCAUGUUCUGAUUGUGGAAAAUGUUUUAUUCUGAAAUCAAAUCUCAUUAGGCAUCAGAAAAUUCAUACAGGAGAGAAAGCAUUUUCAUGUUUUGACUGUGGGAAAUAUUUUACUAGAAAAUCACAUCUUAUUGAUCAUCAGAAAAUUCACACAGGAGAUAAAGAAUUUUCAUGUUCUGACUGUGGAAAAUGUUUUACUCAGAAAACAACUCUUAUUAAGCAUCAGAAAACUCAUACAGGAGAGAGAGCAUUUUCAUGUUCUGACUGUGGGAAAUGUUUUACUCAGAAAUCGCAUCUUCUCAGCCAUCAGAAAAUUCAUACAGGGGAGAAAGGAUUUUCAUGUUCUAAAUGCGGGAAAUGUUUUAUUCAGAAAACAACUCUUAUUAACCAUCAGAAAACUCAUAUUAAAAGAAAUCGGAGUUUAACCUCCUAAGUACAGAGGGUGGUAUGUAGUCAUCACCCACACAAUACCAAGUGCUGAUGAUGACUGCAUGUAACUCCCUGGGGCAUGCAGUUUUGGAGCUCUUUGAGGCCCCUUCUGCACCUCAAGCAUUUAUGGGAUAUGAGAAAUAUCAAAAGUGUUCUCGGGGACACAAUUGAAAGAAUGUACUUGAAUAGCACUC